UCAGCCAACAAACAAAAAGUGAUCAAAUUUUCAAAGAGAGAGUAGUUGUGUCUGUGCAAAUAGACACAGAGGAAAAGUUCAACAAUUAAAAAAAAAAAAAAAAGGAAAGCAGCUUCCACAUUUUUAAAACUUUUCUUCUGUGUUUACUUGCACAGACACAAAGGGUAACAAUGGCCUUAUUGAAACUAUCAAUCAUGUUAUGUACGAUGUUAUUUAGUCUUUCCCUUUCAGGGGCUGCUUCUCCCAAAAACAUAUUCAUUCUCGCUGGCCAGAGCAACAUGGCUGGUCGAGGUGGGGUUGAGAAAGAUCAAUCAGGAAACCUCGUGUGGGAUAGGUUAGUCCCACCAGAAUGUGAACCUCAACCAUCAAUCCUACGAUUGAACCCUGAGGGCCAAUGGGAGACAGCACGAGAGCCUCUACAUGUGGGGAUUGACAUUAAUAGGACAGCUGGGAUUGGUCCAGGUAUGCCAUUUGCUCACCACCUACUGGCCAAAGUUGGACCAAAUGCUGGCGUUGUGGGUUUAGUCCCUUGUGCUAGAGGUGGCACUUUAAUUGAGCAAUGGAUUAAAAAUCCUAGCAAUCCUAAUGCAACAUUUUAUAAAAAUUUUAUUGAAAGAAUCAAAGCAUCAGAUAAAGAUGGUGGGGUUGUGCGUGCUCUUUUUUGGUUUCAAGGAGAAAGUGAUGCAGCCAUGAGUGACACUGCUCAUAGAUACAAGGACAACCUAAAACAAUUCUUCACUGACAUCCGUAAUGACAUAAAGCCUAGAUUUUUUCCCAUCAUUUUAGCUAAAAUAGCCGUCUAUGAUCCUUUUAUGAAGCAUGAUACUCAUGAUUUGGCAGCAGUAAGGGCAGCACAAGAAGAAGUUAGCAAGGAACUACCAGAUAUUUUGACCAUUGAUGCUUUGCAAUUACCUAUAAACUUCACAACAAAUGCAGGCUUUAACCUAGAUCAUGCACACUUUAAUACCAACACUGAGAUUGUUGUGGGUAAAUGGUUUGCUGAUACCUACCUCUCGCACUAUGGUCAUUUACUUUAAUCCUAUAUUAUUUUCUAGUCUCUAUCUACAUUUUUAUUAUAUCUUAAUAAAAUCAUCCAUCCACUUCUUUAUUCAA